GGGUUGGCCGUGUCGUGACUUCUGAGCGUCACCAGCAGACCAGGAGACUCUGUUUCGACUACAAGACUCGGGGCCCAGAGCUCUAGCAGAGGAGUCCAAAGGGACCUCCCCUCCCUCCAUCACCAUGCCCAACUUCUCUGGCAACUGGAAGAUCAUUCGGUCGGAAAACUUUGAGGAUUUGCUCAAAGUGCUGGGUGUGAACAUGAUGUUGAGGAAGAUCGCUGUGGCUGCCGCGUCCAAGCCAGCAGUGGAGAUCAAACAGGAAGGUGACACUUUCUACAUCAAAACCUCCACCACGGUGCGCACCACAGAGAUCAACUUCAAGGUUGGGGAGGAGUUUGAAGAGCAGACCGUGGAUGGGAGACCCUGUAAGAGUUUGGUGAAAUGGGAGAGUGAGAACAAAAUGGUCUGUGAGCAGAGGCUUUUGAAGGGAGAGGGUCCCAAGACCUCCUGGACCAGAGAACUGACCAAUGAUGGAGAGCUGAUUCUGACCAUGACAGCAGAUGAUGUCGUGUGCACCAGGGUCUACAUCCGAGAGUGAGUGGCCGGGGUUCAAGAGCUGCCCAAGCCUGCCACGGCCCCCCCCCCUGCUUCCUGGCCAAGGGCUGCGAACCCUCCCGUGCACCCUCCUCCUAGGUUAGCUCUCUCCUUGCCCCAUCACUUUCAAUGGUUGCUGGGAUGCCUCUUGCAGGGUUUUAAUCCCUUGCCUCCCCCUGUGCCAAGGAUGGAAUGCAAGAGCCCAGGUCCCAGUCUAUCACUCCCCUGCCCAAGCCAGCAGUCCCAGCCUCAGAUGAACCCCAGCUGAGCCUCUUUCCAGGAGGGGGCUGAGGCCUGAAUGAGAAAACUGGCUCUCUGGCUUACACUUCUUGUCCCUAUAGAUUUUGCAGUUUAGAAUAUUUAUUUUUUAAUUUUAUUAAAAUGUUUUAA